ACAUUUAAGUACAGGUUUUGGAUACCAUCUGUCGUGUCUGCGAUCAUCAUACGUCAAGGAUACACUUUUCAGAGUGAGCUGGAACCUGGACGAGUAGUCAGAUAUGCCUAAAGACGAGGCUAAGGAGCGCGAGGCCUUCUAUUCUCAGUACUACUACUCUCUCGUGUCUGCCGGACGUGCCUUGAUCCAGAGUCAUAGCAAGCUGUCGCUCCCUUCGCUCCACACUUUGUCUCCGAUUUGCUCUGAGGCACAUUCACACAAAGGUACUCCUUCCAUACUGUUCCUCUUGUCCUGAUGGGAGCGACAUUUGCUGGAGUUGCUAAUGGCGUUCAACAUUUUAGAGCUAAAGAUGAUAUUUUCAACUAUUUCAUUGGUGGCGUUGCGUGUGGACCAAUUUUAGCAUACUAUCUAGGAUCGUAUCAUGCAGUGCUGCUGGGAGGUUUAGGUCUUGGAGUUAUCGGAAUGAUUAAGAAGAAUGCUAUCGAGAAUAAUUACACUCUCUUCCCCGUCAUACAAGGGCAUAUGGGAACGGUUCGAAGUUGGAGGAACGACUAUACCUUCAGCCCAGAUCCUAGGGACUCUCUUCAACACACGUGCGGAAGUGAUAAAUAGGUCAUGUUUGUAAAUGUAUACUGGACCUCAAUUGUAAUUGUAAUAUAUAGGUUUUAUUUUUAUUUUGUUAAUAUUUUUACUCAAAUUGUUAUUGAUAUGAAAAUAAAACA